ACGCAAAAUGGGCUGGAGUGUCGUCGUCGUAGGUGCGGCAGCCUUCGUCGCGUUUGGCAACACGAUGUUCUCUCACUUCACAUGGGACGACCGAGGUGCCAUCCUCAUGAAUCUUGAUGUUCGAACCGACGUUACACCCCUACGUGACCUCUUCGCCCACGAUUUCUGGGGCAUGAACCUGUCCUCGCCCCAGAGCCACAAGAGCUACCGACCACUCACGGUGGCCACGUUUCGACUCAACUACGCGGUUCAUGGGCUACAUCCUCAUGGCUACCACAUCACGAAUGUUCUCUUGCAUGUCGUGGUGUCUAUUCUCGUGGUGAGCACUGGUCGCGUCCUUUGUUCCCCGUCAUCAUCAAGCACGCCGGUGCUAGCUGGAUUGCUGUUUGCCGUGCAUCCUAUCCAUUGCGAUUCCGUCGCAAGCGUCGUAGGACGUGCAGACAUUCUGUGCACCGCCAUCUCCCUCUUAGCGUUGUUGGCAUACAACCAACGUCUUCGUCACGUACAACACAGUCGACGUCUGGUGUGGACAAUGGUAGCCAUUGGCUGCACGUGUUUGGCCACCAUGGCCAAAGAGACUGGGUUCACCAUGUUUGCAGUGCUGCUGGCAAUGGAAUGGUCGUCCGACACGAGAUACUCGAAGGCACAAAGUGGAGCCUUGAUGGUGGCGGGGGUAAUGUUUCUAGCAUGGCGCGUACAAAUGAAUGGAUCAUCGACCACACUGUAUACAUGGAGCAUUUACGAAAACGAGUUUGCCCAUCUACCGUCGUUCGUGUCCAAGGCAAUGUCGUAUGCCCAUGUCCACACCUUGUACCUUUGGAAACUUCUGUGGCCGCAGUAUCUGUGCUACGACUACGGCUGGAACACGAUACACGCUGUCACGAGCAUCUAUGACGUCCGCAACCUUGCCUCGUCGGUUGCGUACAUGGCGGUGGUGGGCGCAGUGGGGACGAGUGCAUCCCAUCGGAGGACAUCGCCGUUGUUUGUGCUGCUGGUCUUGGGCAUUUGCCCGUUUGUCCCAGCGUCCCACGUGAUGUUUCCCGUGGGAACGAUCCUCGCCGAGCGAUUGUUGUACCUUCCAAGCGUGGGAUUUUGCCUCGUUGUGGGUUACGCAACCGAGCGCGUCCUCUUGGCAGCCACUCCCGCUUCGAAGCCCAAGCUUGUUGCGCUACUUGGACUCGUCUUGGCCGUUGCGACCAGUCGAACCAUCAGGCGAAACCUGGAUUGGCACGACGAGCAUACGCUGUUCCAAAGCGCUCUGAGCGUGGCCCCUACCAGCGUCAAAGUGCUGACAAAUUUGGGUCAAGAUAUCCUGCCUAAAGAUGCGCGCACAGCGGUGCUAUACCUGGAGCGGGCGGUGGCAUUGAUGCCUUCGUAUUCCCUCGGCCAUUUGAACCUAGCGGCUGGCUACGCCGCGUUGAAGAAGCCUCUACAGGCAAUGCAUCACUUGGUGCAGUCGAUAGAGUUGGUCCAGGAACCCAAGGCGUAUACUUCCCUCGGUCAGCACUUUGUAGAGUUUUGGGAGUCUCAUGUUGGCGCGGGCCAAAGUACGUUGCACACGGCCGCCCAUCUGGUGCAAACUGCGCUUGACGUUGGAGCAACGUAUCCUUCUGCAUCAUACGGCCAGGCUAAAGUGGCGUUUGCACUUGGCAACAUGGGCGCCACUCUCCAAUCGUUGGCCAUAACACGAACAGCCAAUGCUUAUGUGGCAAGCCGAGGGUACGACCUGAAUGAAGUGGUCGAUCCUUGCUUUGUCGACACGUUGGCAGGCCUGGCGUGGGAACACAUGAAUACGACGACGGCCUUGGCAUUUUACAUAUCCUUUUUUGACUAUGAUGAUUUCAGUGAUAUAAGCCAGAUCAACUGGCAUAUACAAUCCUGGCAUUUUUCCUUAACGUUUUCGUCCUUCACGACCGUGCCAUGAUGAAUGCGUCUACAUUCUGGGACUGCGCGUCUCUUGUAAACAAUGCCGCCGCCUGCUUCCACCGCGCCAAUCGGUCAAUGGACGCCUUGAAGUUGCUGGACAAAGCCACCAAGCGCCAUCCGCUUCAAGUUGUCCUGUGGACCAAUGCUGGGUACAUGGCCGAGUCAGUGGGCCACCAAGCUCAAGCUUUGACGUACUUUGAGGCUGCGCUGAGACUCGAGCCAGAUUUAGCCCAUCUACGCACCAAACUCGAGUUGGCAUUUAAACAACAACAACCGUGAUUGUUUCACGCUGAUUACUACGCAGUAGAUGAUCUAAAACACGAGGUUGGGAAGAAUAUCCAUCAUCC